AUGGGUAUCGGAAGAUGUUUGAAACUCAACCGUCAACUUCCAAAGUCAACAACAAUUAAAGAGAAACCGCCGCACCAAAACAGAUCCGGGACACACGAACAGAUGCAGAAAAGUCACCAAUUACGCGGUGUCGAAAGUGAAAUGAGCAACAACGUGCGGGUACCGUCAAGUGCAUACGCGUUGGCUGCCAGUCAUAUCUUGGUACCGGAACGGUGGUACGCCUGUCUCUGCCUCGACGGCCGUGGAGACUUUAAUGAUCGCACAAGUCGCGAGCCCCGGAAGAGACCUACACUGAACAGAAUGUUCGUUUCGACGUCACAAAGAAAUGAUGAUGGUUUGCGGGCGUCUUACAAUAUCUCGUUACUUAUAGCAAAAUCCGGAAAACCGCAUACUAUCGGAGAGAAGUUAAUUUUGCCAGCCGUUGAAGAGGUUUUAAAAACUAUUUUACACAAACCUGCAUCUGACAUCAUUAAAAGAAUUCCCUUAAGCAACAAUACUGUUGAAAGACGUAUUGAUGAAAUGAGUUCUGAUAUUGAAAGCUUCUUAUGUUAUUAUUUGCAAACGACCCAUUUCUCUAUACAACUGGACGAGUCAACUUUACCUGAUAAUGCAGCAUUAUUAUUGGCAUAUGUUCGUUUUAUUAUGAAUCAAGAAAUCUACGAAGAACUGCUCUUCGCAAGAACUUUGAUAGCCGACACUAAAGGUGAAUCAAUGUUUCAUGUUUUGAAGGAUUACUUCAUUGAAAAAGCAAUUCCUUUAUCAAAUAUAAUAUCAGUAGCUACAGAUGGAGCACCUGCCGUAUCGUUCACAUGGGUGAAGAAGCAAGUUAAAGCUUACCUUGGAAAGCUCCAUUAG